AUGGUCUCAAAGCUAUUUCUAGUCGCAGCCGUUAUCGCCGUAGUGGGCGCACGGCCUCAGGAUCAUCACGGUCACGGCCACGCAUACUCAUCACAAAGCAUCGUACUGCACCAAAGUCACGAACAGAAACAUCCUGUUGCUCACCACGAAGAACAUCACAAGGAACAUCUCGAAGAUCAUCACAAAGAACACCACGAAGAACACCAUGAAGAACAUCACCAUGAACCACAUUAUAGUCAAGCCUCCUCCGCCCAAAGCCUACAUCAACACCACGGAGAACACGUCAUUGCUCUCAUCGCCUUUAUAGGUGCUUGCCAAGCCACUGAGCACGCCUAUUCUUCGCAAAGCAUUACUCGCUUCGAUAGCCACCAUGACCAUCACCAUGAUCAUACCUAUGAAGAACAUAAACACGAGGAGUAUAAGCAUGAAGAGAUUAAGCAUGAGAACCAAGGACAUGAGGACCAUAGGCAUCAUGAACAUGUCGAACAUAAAGUAGAGCACAAGGUCGCUCACCCUAUUAAGCACCACGCAGCUGUUGAGCACAAAGCCGAACAUCAUGGACAUGUUGAACAUAAAGUCGAGCAGAAGACACAUGUUGAGCACAAGCCUGAAUAUCACGGACAUGCAGUCGAGCACAAAGUUGAACAUAAGGUAGAGCAUAAAGUUGAACACAAACAACAUCAUCAUGAAAAGAAACAGGAAGAGCACAAAGAAAAAAAGCAUGGACACGAAGAACUCAAGCAUAGUCUAUAUGCUGAGGUCAUUCCCGAUGUUGAAAAACACGAAGAACAUUAUGUAGCUGCUCCCGCUAAAGUUAUUCCAAUUGCCCAGUACGUGCACAAGAGCUCUGAAGAACAAAACCAUAAACAUUACGAGCAUGCCAUUUCUUCCCAGCACAUUUCCCGUCAUGACGUACCUGCUCCUCCUCCCAAGGGUUUCUCUGACCACUCUGGACCUGCUAAGUAUGAGUUCGCCUACGAAGUGAAAGACCCUCAUACUGGCGACCACAAGUACCAGCAUGAGUCCCGCGAUGGCCAUACUGUAAAAGGAGUAUACAGCCUCCAUGAAGCUGAUGGAUCUAUUCGUACCGUUGAAUACGGUUCUGACAAGCAUACUGGGUUCUCAGCUGCCGUAAAACAAUCCACCAAGCACGUUGAAGAGAAACAUCAUCAUUGA